CUUUAUCCCAAAUCCAGGGCACAAGAUCCCAUCCAUGCGCACCGCCCUUCCGCCUCAUCGUCGGAUUGCAGGUUAACGGCCAGGUUGGAGAGAUAUUGUGCAACGCAGGCCCUCCCACCUCUUCCUCACUAUGCGGCCAAUUUGAUUGCUUUGCUCGACGCUGUCCUCCACAAUCUUCCCUCUCUCUCCAGUCGCUGCCGGUGCGCAGGCUGGAAGAAAUUUCCAAUCUCACUCCUGCUGCCCGCCGGCGUCCUCCCUACCACCCUCGAACCUCGUCGGCCAGCCUGGAAUCCUCCAGAUGUCCUACCCAUAUCCUAUCCCUCCCACUCCGAGAGUUAUCUCGCCCUCCCCUACCCCUUCCGAGUCCUCCGAGCGCCAGGACUCCUAUUUCGCUCCCGUCACACGAUCGGCCGCCAAAGCCCAGCGCCAACGGUCCCCUCAACCAGAUCCCAUAAACGAAGAGAAGGAUGGCUCUGGCUCCGACUCGAGCUUGGAGAAACGGGCCAGAGCGCGCUCCAGGAGUCCCGUCUUGACCACCACCACCCGCCACAUGAACGGCUCGGCAAAUGCCAGCAAGAGGAGACGCAUGAGCGGCCUGACUUCGAUAAAGCCAGUCGCUAAAUCAGAGCCUCUAACAAAUGGCACGAUCCCGUACCCACAGUCAAAUGGCCAUCUUUCACCCUACGACCGAGUCAAGAAAUCCUGGCGAGAAUUCUCUCGCUCCCCUUCACCGCUCGGUUUGAUCCCGCUCCACCGCCAUUACCGAACUUUGAUCCACAAGCAUGAAAUCCCCCGGAAGGUCCUGCACGUCUCGAUUGGGUUCUUCACCUUACGAUUAUACAUGACAGGUGUGCAGACCUGGGCUAUAACACCAUGGCUGCUGGGUGCCCUUGCCAUUAUCGCUCCGACCGACGUCCUCCGACACCACUCUGAACGAUUUAAUAGAUUCUACAUCUCAGUGCUGGGCGCUCUGAUGCGUGAGACCGAGGUGGACGGAUACAACGGCGUUAUUUGGUAUUUGGUUGGCGCAUACGUCGCGUUGCGAUUCUUUCCGAAAGAUAUCGGCGUCAUGUCGAUCCUUCUGUUGUCUUGGUGCGAUACUGCCGCCAGCACCUUUGGUCGGCUGUAUGGACGUUAUACUAUCCGUCUGCGGAAAGGCAAGUCUCUGGCAGGCUCCCUUGCCGCUUUCCUCAUCGGUGUCCUCGUCGCCCUCUUCUUCUGGGGCUACCUGGCUCCAAGAACCGGCCCGUUCGCCGACGACCCUAUCGACCCAUACAUGUUCCAAAACCGCCUGACCCUCCCUGCAAAAGUGAAGGAAUUUCUAGGCUGGGAGCCGGAUCAGGGAGUCAUUGUCGGUAACGCUGCGCUCGCAGUCAUGAGUAUUUGCACCGGGAUUAUCGCCAGUGUCAGCGAGUUUAUAGAUCUAUGGGGAUGGGAUGACAAUCUGACGAUUCCACUCCUCAGCAGUGCUGGCCUUUGGUUGUUUUUGAGCGCUUUUGGAUAAUCCAGUUUUUACGCCGCGGCGGGACAGUGGCGCAUGGAUAGGAGAAUUUUCUCUUCUCAAGGCGGUUCUUGUCGGCCUAUUACGAAGAAAAUAAUUGAAUAUAAUGACGGCCUCACGCAGAGUUCUGUGCUCUUUGAUUGCUAGACGAAUCCAGUCGCCUGUCC